UUCGAGCAGUCUUAUAUGGUAAUUCGUUUGUUAACGGUGGCUGACAACAGGUGGGAAUCUCAAAGCAAGAAAACAAGAAGCAAGAAUAUACUGUGUUGCUCCUUGAGGCGAACGAGACGACGUGACAGUUGCGUUCUGAACUGCGUGGCGGCUGGUACUUCACCACAUUCGAACUUCACCAUGUCGAAAUCAGCAGAGACACAGGGGGCUCCACCACCAUAUGGAAUGAAUCCGCAACCAGCAUAUGGAGUGAAUCCGCAACCAGCAUAUGGAAUGAAUCCAAUACCCCAAGUUACGCCUACAGUUAUUGUGCAAGCUCCAAUGCUGGGGUCUGCCCCAUGCAACUUACAGUGCCCAUCAUGCCAUGCUUCAGUUCAAACAAGAGUAGAUUAUGAACCCAACACCAAGACACAUUUGUUUGCUCUGCUUCUGUGCCUCAUAUGCUGUCCCUGUGCCCUGAUUCCAUAUUGUACAGACAGCUGCAAGAGUGCCAACCAUUACUGCCCCAGUUGUGGAACCUUUCUUGGAACCUACAGUGACUGAACAUAUGCGAGAGAAGUCUGUGAUGAUAACAAUGCUUUAAUCAAGAAAUUAAUCUUUAAAAGUUGUCAUUAUACUAUACUGUUACUGUGUCUUGAGCGUGAAGUGGUACAAUGUGACAAAUUCAAUUGAAAAUUGAUAAAUUCAUUUAAUAAUUUGAAGAAAAAAAAAUUAUAUGUAGAUUUUUAUGAUGUAAAUUUCUUGUAUUUGACGUGAUUAUGGAUCAUUUUAGUGCUUUCAAUUGACUCAAUCCAUUCGCACACAAACACUUGUGGAUGAUUUAUUUUGACCUGUUGUGAUUACAAAAUAUAUUUUGCACUCUUCCCUUGAUUUGACUUACAGGCACAGGAAUAAUCUGAGUUACAAAUGUCCAAUUGCAUAUGAACAAAGUAUUACCUAGCUUCAUAUUUUAAUAAAUCAGACUGUUCAGACAUCACUUUUGAUAACUACUUACAGUGUCAGAGUGCAGCAUCUAAUUUUCAAGGGAUAUUCUGCAGCCCUUAAUACUGCCCUGAAUUUAGCUUUUUAACAUCUCCUUCUGUCUCUUGAUCCUCACAUAAUUAAACGCACAUUUCUUGUGGAACGUAAUUUCCAUUAAGGAAGGCAGUGUCAAAAUACAAGGAAAUUAUAAAAUGUUAUUUAUUGUCCAGGUUUGUUACUGAAAAACCGUAUUGCUUUGUAGUAUUAUUCGUUACAAGUGCAAUACAUUUCAUCUUAAUUACGGAUUAAACAGGUAACCACGAAACCUUACCACCAUUUAUAAGACUCUGCGAAGCCAUGGUCCAAUUUCUGAAAAAAAGAUCUACAGAUGAACUUUGAUACACAACAAAUUUCUAAUGCAGGGAUCUGUGUGUGUAUCUAAAAAUGAAUAAAUGUACCCACAAGUGGUAUAUAAAACAUUUGAACUGUCAAUUACAACUAGAGGUUAGUGAGCUCAACACACAUAUAUUAAAUAUUUGUCUGUUACCUCUUGUGGAGAAUAUUCAAGGUACAAUUCAAUUUCUGCAUUCCAAAUAUAAAUAUAGUUUGCUCUAAUUAAUGUUUUAAGUGUCCCACAUUGAACUGUUUGUGGUUUCUUACAAUAAAUAUUUGUUAUACAUUGAAUAACAAGCCAUAUGUUAAAGUAUUUUAUUAUUCAGUAGCAUAUAAACAUGUAUUCUGUAUAAUACUGAAAUAAUAAGACAUACAAGUCUCUUAACAAA